CGUGUCGGGGCGUUUCAUUCUGAUUGGUCGACGACCGAUGCCCGGUGUCCGGGUAAGAUGGCGUCGGAAGAGCAGUGCUCGGCACCACUUCGAUGGCGGUCGAUAUCCUUAACCCACGUAGAGUAUCCGGCUGGUGAUCUGACGGGGCAGGUAUUGGCCUGCAUGAGCCUGUUGCCCAUCGCGAUCCUCGUCGGAUUCGUCACUCUGAUCGUCUUUAAGCGAGAGCUACAUACGAUCUCUUUUUUUGGAGGUUUGAUCAUGAACGAGGGGUUAAACUGGCUGCUCAAACACAUUCUACAGGAGCCUCGGCCGUGUGGAGGAGGUCACACCUCAGUCACGACAGAGUACGGGAUGCCUUCCAGUCACUCUCAGUUCAUCUGGUUUUUUGUUGUAUACUUUUUUCUUUUUCUUUAUUUAAGAAUGCAUCAGACGAACAAUGCCAGGUGUGUUGAACUAUUAUGGCGGCAUAUACUGUCCAUCACUCUACUGGCAGUGGCUCUGUUCGUUUCAUACAGCAGAGUCUACCUCCUGUACCACACCUGGAGUCAGGUGAUUUAUGGGGGUGUGGCCGGGAUGGUGAUGGGAGUGGUUUGGUUUUUUAUCACCCAAGAAGUGCUGACGCCGCUCUUUCCCAAGAUAGCAGCCUGGCCAAUCUCAGAGUUUUUUCUGGUGAGAGAUACAAGUCUCAUUCCCAACAUCCUGUGGUUUGAAUACACAGUAACCAGAUCAGAAGCCAGAAACAGACAACGAAAGCUGGGAACGAAGCUUCAGUGAUUUUCUGCGAAACCCAGUGAAAACUGACAGAAAGGACCAAACACACACAUACACACACACACAAACACACACACUGGAGUUUCAUAGUCUGGACUGUUCUGGUUGAUGUGAACGCGCAGAACAGUGUACUUGUGGACCAAAGGAGCGAGUUCGUAUCGCAGGCGUGACCGUUAUCACAUGACCCAACCGUUCGCACGACAACAUGGCCUUCUCCUCCCCCUGUCCUUAGGCUGCCCCUGCGCUCCUAAUGCAUGCGGACCGUGCAAGAGACAAAAACUAUUUAAUGACAAAUGUAAUAUAUAUUUUAUUCAUUACCAUUCACAGGGAAGAUCUUAACAGCGGCGUGAAGGAGGGAAGAGGUGGAAGGGAAAGAAAGAGAGUUUUACGACGUGACAAACCUAUCAGCAUGGCAUUACUUUUAUUUAAAAGGACCAGGGAAAGGAAUGCUGGGUAAUAAAAACAGGAGAGGAGGAGGAGGAGGAGGAGGAGGAGGGGAGGAAUGCAGACGCAAAUGCAACACAGAGGAGGGUGGGGGG